GCUGUAGGAGGGUCGCAGCAAUAUAUACCCUAUGUUGUGACGUCUACUAAUCAGAGCACAAAGAAAUUAUAGUGAUAUGACAACACUAAAUCGGUGCCAUGCUACAAUGACUAUAAAUUAUCUAUAUAGUCAUUGCCUGCUAUUUGCCAAGGACUAGUAUGAACGAACUUUUUAUAUAUUAUUCGUGCAAUUUCUUUGAAUAAUGGAUACAAGCCUGCCUGCAGAACACAUGAUUGUAUUAUACUCUACUUCGUUCAUCUGUAGAUACUGGCAUUUGCAAGGAUUCCUAAAUAAUAUUAAUGAUAACAUUCUUAUAAAUGAGCACUAUAUAGUAUACUAUUUGUGAUUUGUAACUCAUCUACAGCAGUCAGCCUUCAAUAAGAAAAACGACGACACGGCCUCUCUCCCUCUCUUAUUCUUAUCUCUAUUUUACUCAUUUUAGACCAGGGGACAUGCCAUAGGGCCCGACAGCAGCAUGAGUGGCCAGUGGCAGCAGCAACAGUCAGCCUCAGGUGUGGGGAAGCGCAGGUGUGGUGGAAGCCAGAAUAACCUGGAGAUAGGCAGCUCUAUCCAUAGGGGAGAGAACAAGUUUGAGUGCCAGCUGUGUGACAAAACUUUUGUAUCCAGACAAGGUCUUCAUUACCACACCCUGACACACAGUGGUGUUAGGAAUUAUGAGUGUGAUGAGUGUGGGAUGAAAUUUUUCUAUUAUUCUCAUCUCACCUUACACACCCUGACACACAGUGGUGUUAGAAAUUAUGAGUGUGAUGAGUGUGGGAAGAAAUUUACCCAUAAAUUUUCCCUCACCAGACACACCCUGACACACACUGGUGUUAGAAAUUAUGAGUGUGAUAUGUGUGGGAAGAAAUUUACCACAAAGUCUCAUCUCACCAUACACAUCUUUACACACAGUAGUGCUAGAAAUUAUGAGUGUGAUGAAUGUGGGAAGAAAUUUACCAGCAAGUCUAGCCUCACCAGGCAUACCCUGACACACAGUGGUGUUAGAUAUUAUGAGUGUGAUGAGUGUGGGAAAAAAUUUGCCCACAAGUCUAGCCUCACCAAACACGCCUUGACACACAGUGGUGUUAGAAAUUAUGAGUGUGAUGAGUGCGGAGAGAAAUUUAUUUGCACGUCUAGCCUCACUAGACACAUCCUGACACACAGUGAUGUUAGAAAUUAUGAAUGUGAUAAAUGUGGGAAGAAAUUUACCCAUAAGUCUUACCUCGCCAAACACAUCAUGACACACAGUGGUGUUAGGAAUUAUGAGUGUGAUGAAUGUGGGCAGAAAUUUACUCGCAAGUCUAGCCUCACCAGACACACCGUAAUACACAGUGGUGUUAGAAAUUAUGAGUGUAAUGAGUGUGGACAGAAAUUUACCUGCAAGGAUAGCCUCACCAGACACACCCUGACACACAGUGGUGUUUCAAAUUAUGAGUGUUAUGAGUGUGGGAAGAAAUUUAAACAAAAGUCUUCCCUCACCACACACACCCUGACACACAGUGGUUUUAAAAAUUACGAGUGUGAUGAAUGUGGAAAGAAAUUUAUCAAAAAGUCUACCCUCACCAGACACACCCUGACACACAGUGGUGUUCGAAAUUAUGAGUGUAAUGAGUGUGGAAAGAAAUUUACCACAAAAUCUGGCCUUACCAUACACACCCUGACACACAAUAGUGUUAGGAAUUAUGAGUGUGAUGAAUGUGGUAGAAGAUUUACUACCAUUUCUUAUCUCAAUAGACACGCCUUUAGACAUACUGGCUUAAGGGAGUUCAAGUGUGAUGAUUGUGGGAAGUGUUUCAAAACAAAGGGUGAUAUUGCCCAGCACGUGAAGGUCCAUUUUUGAGGUGAUGUGUUGUGUGGAUGAGUGGGACCACACCUGUGCCUGUAGUGGUGGUGAUGGUGGCCAUCAUGGUGCAAGAGAGUAACAGCCACAGUAGUUGUUUUGUUGGCAGUGCAGGUGUGACUUUUAAUAAAAGUGUGUGUACAGUAAA